CCUGCCCUCUCCGCGCCGUUUCUGAGCGCCUUCUUCAAAUCAGGCAUCCUUGGAAGGGUUGAGAAGGAACUUGGUCAUUGGCCGCCAGCAGUUUACAUCAUACAGAGGAAAGGCAGACAGAAAACAAGAUAAGGUUGUGAUAGUGGCAAGUGCUGUGGAGAUAAAUAAUAAAGCAAGAUUCUGUAACAGAAAGGAUCUGGGGAGGCUAGGCUGCUGCUGGAAACUGGUGGCUGGGGAGGCCCCUCUGAGAAGUGACCUGAAAAGAGAAGAGGGACAGUCAUUCAAGGAUUUGGGAGGAUGGAGCAGGUGGAGGAACAUCAGAGGCCGAGGCUCAGAGCGGGGACCUGGGUGGUUUUUAGGAAGUCAGUGCGGUCAGAGUAGCCCUUCCCUGGGGAGGUGAGUGGGUGGAGGCAAGGUAGAUAGGGAGUCACGACACUGGGGCCAUAGGGAGCCAGGGAAGGUUGUGGAGCGGAGCUGGGGAGCAAGCCAGGGAGGUCGAAGUUUAAAAGCCCCCCCCCCGAUUGCUUAGUGGAGAAUGGCAGAUGGGUGACAGCCAGGGAGGAACCAAAAGAAAGACAAGUGGGGAUAGAGCUGCUCUUGGCAAGGGACAGGGGAUCUGUGGGUGACAAGUGGGAACUGUGACCAGUGGGAACAGUGACCACAGCGUCUGCUUGUCAGCAUCAGGGAGGGAGGGAGUAGAGGGGAGCUGGGAAAGCCACGGAGCCUUCCUCCAGCCUUCCCUUCUAAUCUCCAGCUGAACCCGGCUGUCUGUCUCUCUGCCCUGUCAGUUGGUCCUCCCCUAUUUCAGGCCUGGCCGCUCAGUCUCCGAGUGGAGUCCAGAGUCCAGCGGCCCUUUGUCUUUGGGGGGGGUGUGCAGGGAUUCGCCAUGAAGUUCACGCUGGCCUUGAAGUUCACACUCUGCUGCGGAGCCAAGGCCGUCCUGGAACUUGCCAUCUGCCUGCCUCAGCCUCCUGAGUGCUGGGAGUGCAGGAAGCGGCAGUAAAUCUUUCCUGUCCGUGUCAUCGUCGCCAAACUGGAGAGGGGCGGUGGCCCCCACGUGAGCUGCAGAGGGGGCGGCGGUGAGACAAACCCUGGGCUUUUUGCCCACCAGCUAACGUGCUUCCCAGGCCUGGGAUGGGGCCUGGACGCUCAAGACUCAGGGCAGCGUGGGGGCGUCUGAUGAGGUGACCCAGCGGUCAGGCAGCGGUUCAGCCUGGUCCUCAGGGACCGAAUCCUCCCAGCUUUAACCCCGCGGUCUGAAAAAGAGCGAGCACCAUCGCUUAUAAACAGGUUUGACAGCCCCAUGGCCCUGGCCGGCCACUGAGCCCCACCAUGGGCGCUUUGUACUCAGAGUACCUCAAUUCCAGCAAGGUCAAGGAGCACUACAAUUACACCAAGGAGACUCUGGACAUGCAGGAGACGCCGUCCCGCCAGGUGGCCUCGGCCUUCAUCAUCAUCUUGUGCUGCGCUAUCGUGGUGGAAAACCUGCUGGUGCUCGUCGCCGUGGGCCGGAACAGUAAGUUCCACUCGGCCAUGUACUUGUUCCUGGGCAACCUGGCCGCGUCCGACCUCCUGGCGGGCAUGGCCUUCAUCGCCAACACCUUGCUGUCGGGCUCGGUCACCCUGGGGCUGACGCCGGUGCAGUGGUUUGCCCGGGAGGGCUCGGCCUUCAUCACCCUGUCAGCCUCCGUCUUCAGCCUCCUAGCCAUUGCCAUCGAGCGGCACGUGGCCAUCGCCAAGGUCAAGCUGUACGGCAGCGACAAGAGCUGCCGCAUGCUGCUGCUCAUCGGGGCCUCGUGGGUCAUCUCGCUGGUCCUGGGCGGCCUCCCCAUCCUGGGCUGGAACUGCCUGGGCCGUCUGGAUGCCUGCUCCACCGUCCUCCCGCUGUAUGCCAAGCAGUACGUGCUGUGCGUGGUGACCAUCUUUUCCGUCAUCCUGUUGGCCAUCGUCGCCCUGUACAUCCGCAUCUACUGUGUGGUCCGCUCGAGCCACGCGGAUCUGGCCGGCCCACAGACGCUGGCGCUGCUCAAAACUGUCACCAUCGUGCUGGGCGUCUUCAUCGUCUGCUGGCUGCCCGCGUUUAGCAUCCUGCUCUUAGACUACGCGUGUCCUGUCCGGUCCUGCCCCGUUCUCUACAAAGCCCACUAUUUCUUUGCCUUUGCCACCCUCAACUCGCUUCUGAACCCUGUCAUCUACACGUGGCGGAGCCGAGACCUGCGGCGGGAGGUGCUGCGGCCUCUGCAGUGCUGGCGGCGGGCAGCGGGGGGACCGGGACGGCGGGACAGGACCCCAGGCCACCGUCUUCUGCCCCUUCGCAACUCCAGCUCCCUGGAGAGGGGCACGAACAUGCCCACGACGCCCACGUUUCUGGAGGGCAACACAGUGGUCUGACGGGGUGGGCCGGGCCACAGAGCUGCCAAGGAGGGGCCUGAUCACCUCAGGUGGAAGUGAGGGGUUGCCAAGCAAACUUACCCCUGCCCCAGACCUGGGGAUCUGCAGAUGGCCCACAGCCAGGGCAUGGAGUGGCCAGGCGGCAGGGCUGCCAUGCAGUGCUCGCGGCCAGUGCGGUGACCCUAGGGACCUUUAAAGGACUAGUGUGACGGAGUGGGAGAUCAGGGUAGGAGCUGUUUACCACCCGGUACAACCGUGUGUGCGCGUGUGUGUGUGCGUGCGUGCGCUUGCGUGUGUGGGGAUUAAACCCCAGGCCUUCUCACCGAGCUGCAUCUCCAGCUCGUUCUCCCCUCUCAAUGAUUGUUUGUUUGUUUGUUGUUUUGAGACAGA